AUGACCAAUAAAACUCCAAAACGUUUCUGGCUCAUCACCUAUCCGCGUACAGCAUCGAACCUGCUCAACCGGAUGCUCGCUCUGGAUGAACAACCAAACGUACUACCAUGCGACGAGGGAGGGUACUUUUUUAGGAUACCAUACAGGCUCACAUCUAACCUCAAAGUUCGCUGGCUCCCACUCACCGAAUGGUCGCCGGAGGCGAGCGACCAGCUAAGGAAGAGCUACCAAAAGCAUUUCAACGACCUCGUCGAGUACCUUAACCAGGGCACAGCGCAAGGCAAAAUCACCUUCUUCAAGGAACAUCUCUACUUUGUCAUCGACCCGACGGUUCGGUCUCGGUUUCUCUUUGGCGCCGAUAGUGUAACCGAGCAAGGCUGGAAAAUGCCACAGUCCUUAUCGCACAGCACACAAGGGUUGCAAAGUACCAUAGAUUGGGCACUAAAUGACACGUUGAUCCCGGACGAUAUCUUAGGAACACUUUCGCCCGUCUUUCUCAUUAGGCACCCCGCGCUAGCCUUUCCGUCUUUCCUCCGGACGUACAGGGACUUGCAUGGAGUCGAAGCAUCCCAGUCCAAAGAGGCGGAGCUUGAAUUCAAAAUGGUCAUGACCCUGCGAUGGACGCGAAGGCUGUACGAGAGGUAUGUCCCAACCCGGGAAGGAUGCAGCUACUCUGAGGAUGAGGCCAGCGUGAACAGUCCAAUCAUUUUGGAUGCAGACGACGUCAUGACGGAGCCAGAAGUGCUUGUCCGCUUCUGUAAGCUUGUCGGUCUGGAUGCCUCGAGAUUACGAUUUACGUGGGAGUCUGUCAAGCCCGAGGAGGCCCUGGCUGCAGACGAGCUGAGAAUCAAACGGCGGAUGUGGUCGACCCUCCUCACCUCUGAGGGAAUUUUGAGCGGGAAGACGUCCCAUGGUCUGGACAUCGACCGCGAAACACUCCAGUGGAAAAAGGAGUUCGGUGAGAGUGAUGCAUCCAAGGUGGAGACUUGGGUGCGAGCAGCUAUGGAGGAUUAUGAAUAUUUAAAAAGAAGACGGCUGCAAAUUAUUUAG